AUCAUGAGCAUUCUCAAACGUACUCUAUUUUUAAACGUACGCGUUCCAACUCCUGAAAUAGAUAGUUUCAGUGAAUUUUGUGCGUCGUUUGCAUCUACAAGAAUUUUGAUAAGCAUAUUAUCCUGACAAUAAGUUAGCCUACUUUUCGACAACACUAUGGCCGAUGCUCAAGAACAGAAGCCGGAGUCCCCGCAGGUCGGCGAUGGGGAACAGAUCACGAACAAAUUGAAUAGCGCAGCUCCUGAGAAUAAACAGAAGGAGGAUUUGGUCGGACAGACUGAAGUUCCUGAACAGGGAAAGAAACCUGACGUCACUGAGUCGAGAGUUGAAGCUAAACCUGAACCUUCAAAACCAGAGGAAUCAGGAGACUGGCAGAAACGAGAACAGGAUCUGCUGAAAAAGAUUGAAGAGUUGGAGAAAGUUAAGAGCGAGAGAAGUAUUGAUGGACUGAUGUUGGAACUGAAGGUCAGAGAAGAAGAGAUAGAUCUGCUGAAAGCAAGAGUCAAGAACUUGGAGACAGAGUUACAAGCGGCGCUAUCAAAACCCGGCGGAAAGAACCAGGAGGUCAUCGAGAAGAUCAAACAACAGCACGAGGAGCUGUUAAGUAAAGCCAAAGGAAUGAUCUUCGACAAGACGAAGAUGGUCAAGAACCAAGAGCUCCAGAUCGAGGCGCUCUCUACCCAGGUGCAGUCGCUGAAAGACAUCAAUCAGAUAACCAAGGACUUGUUGGAGAUAAGGAACUCGGAGGUCAAGGCUAUGGAGGACCGUUUCCAAGCUCUGGAAUCCAGAUUCAAGGGGGAGAAGGAGCGGUACGACCUCGUGCUGAAGAGAGCUCAGACCAGCUCCAACAUUAACGACGACCUCCGCAAAGAAUAUGAAACACAACUCGCCAUAUUCAAGGAAUUAAGGGAGAAAUACGAGUUAAGAGUAAAGGCCUUAGUCGAGGAAAAUAAUCGGCUUAAGGCGUCUGUUAAAGGAGGUCCCUCCGGGUGAAUAUACGACGUAACACAUAUAACGUAUUGUUGAAUAAACGCUUCUUAUAA